AUGGGUGAUGUCAGUCUUCCGGAGGAAGUUUCUUCCGUGCUCAGGAAAGGUCCCAAGUAUAGCCUUGAACCCGUUUUUCCCACGCAUGAGUUGUUGGCCCUCAACCGACGUGUGGCUGAGAGGGCCCAACAGGAGGACAAGCGUAGGUGCACCGCAGAGGGUGUGGAGGUGUUGGAAAGGACCGUGCGCCGCCCUCCAGAACGAGGCUUUUGCCGCGCUGGCAAGGUGGUGGAGCUUUGCCGGAGCAAUGGGUUGCGCCUUCUGCAGUCUGACAAGGAAGGCGGGUUCGUUGUGCUCCCGGAGGGUGUAUUUGCCGAGAAGGCCGGGAGGGCCGUGGAGAAGAACUUCCAUCAAGUCCAAGUCUGUGAUUCGAGGGUCAGGAAAAAGGCAGCAGCGUUGUGUGAGUCUUUUGAAUUGCAGCACCUUGCUAAGGCAGUGAAGAUCAGCAAAAGCGGGACGUUGGCGAUGUUUUUCACAGCCAAGACGCACAAGCCCGAGGUACCCUUCCGGACAAUUGUCAGCGAAAAGGGCACCUGGCAGCUACAUGUGAGUCGCUUCCUGCUUAAGGAUUUGCGGGAGCUUGACUUGGGGGACCCCUUCGCGGUGAGAAGUUCUGGUGAGGUUAUCGGCUUGCUGGAGGAAUUGCCAUCAGUGGGAUACCUGUUCUCCGUGGACGUGGUGGAUUUAUUCUAUUCUGUGCCUCACCAGGAACUGUUUCGUGCUGUCAGGGACUGCAUUGAGGUGAAUGGUCUGAUCGCAUUUCAGAACGCUUCUGGACUUGCCGUGGAUAACUCCAUGACCCUUUUAGAAUUCUAUUUGGGAGCGACGGUAGUGCAGCAUGAGGAUAGGCUGUUUUUGCAGCGUCGGGGUAUUUGCAUCGGGUCGUGUGUCGCGCCGGUUUUGUGCGAUAUUUUUCUUUCCGAGGUGGACAGAGGGGUGAGAUCUGUUCUGGACGAUGGUUCUGUGCUUAGUAUUUGUCGGUACGUUGACGAUUUCCUGGUUGUUGUGGGGCGGCGCGCUGAUGAUUGCUAUGAGAAUAUUGUUAGUGUUGUGUUACAACAUUUUGACUGUGGGGGGAAAGGGUUGUCGUUCACGUCAGAACUACAGGCGAACGGGCGUAUACAGUUCUUGGACCUUAACAUCCGUGUUGGGGAGAAUCGCUUGUGUUGGGCCUACCACCCGAGGGCAAAGGAGGACCUGUUGCCUUUUGAUUCUGCCCAAUCUAAGACCGUGAAGCGCGCUAUUGCUUUGCUCUGCUUGGAAUCUGCUUUAAAGAAGUCUUGUGAGCACGUUAUGUUGGAGAGUUUCGCGGCCCAGGUUGAUAGGUUGAGUGCUGCUAGCUUUCCCGCAAGGGUGUUGGCGAGUGUCGCCGAAGGCCUUCUCCAAAAGGUCAAAGGCAAGAGUAUCGCACAAUUUGAAAAGAGUGGCUAA